GCAAGGAAGAGGGAUACCGGAUAUCCAAUUCAAUUUCCGUUUUUUUUAUAGCUAUCAUCAUCUCUUCUAGAUGUCUAUUUCCUUGUCGGAGAUUUCGAUGGACCUCUUAUACUUAAUCCUAUCCAAACUCUCCAUCCCCGACCUCUUUCGUUGCGCCGCUGUAUGCUCACGUUGGUUCGUCGUGGUCGAUGAGAUCUGCCGCAGUCAUGAUGAUCAACACCCGCAGAUCCCAUGGCUUGUGCCGGAAAGCCGAAUCCUCAUUAACGGAGAAAAUAAUGUUCGAAACACCUAUGACUUCUUCAGUCUAUCGGAGGACCGCGAGUAUGUUAUCCCAAGCCACCCUCCUCACAUCCUUAAGAAAAUCGUGGGAUCUUCUUAUGGUUGGCUCAUAACCACCGACAAGGAGAUGAGAAGUGGACGAUGAUCCCAGAACGUCUAUAUUACUAUGCCAACAUAGCCUUCCACGAUGGCAAGCUCUAUGCGGUAUCAAAAUCCAAAGAAAAUAAGAAGUUGAUCGUGGGGGCAUACGAUCUCUCUGUGCCGAAUUCAAUUCCGACAAGGGUGCCGGUGGUGGAUUUGCCAUACAUUAAGAAUUUUACUUUCAGGAUGUGUUUUUUUUGCACAUCUUCUGAUGAUUUAUUGAUCGUACGGGCAACUAUAGAGAAAGUAUCAGAACAUCAUCUUAAAAAGAUAAAGGUUUGGAAGGUGGAUACAAAUAAUGGCGCCAUUAUCCCAAUGAAUAAUUUGGGGAAGUAUGCUCUAUUUAUAGGCUUAACCUCUUCUCUUUGCCUUGAUACUUCUUCACUGCCGGAUUUGAAGUCGAACUCCAUUUAUAUCUUGAAUUACUUGGGUGAAAGCGUGGUUUACAAUAUGGAGGACAAAAGCUUCACCUCAUUGAAUUUACCUUUAUUGUCAUCUCCAAUGCGGCCAGUGCUAGUUUGGUUUACUCCAUCUUGUGCAUU